GGGGGGUGGGGGGCUGUCAGAGAGACAGGAUGCGAUGAAGUCAUGGCGGAGGGGGUUCAUGAGAUGGAGGACCCGGAAGGGGCCCAUGGGAUCCCACCAACUGCUGGCGAGGGAGGAGAAGUGAGAUAGUUCAUCUGCAGAGACGGAGGUGGAAUGUGCUCGCUGGGGGGCGUUGAGGUGGAGGAGGAGAGAGGUGACCUUGCGGAGAGUCGGACGGAUGGUCAACAUUGUGAAUUAUGUUGGUUGUUGUCCAAGAGAGAAUUUGUCGCGAGGGUGUCAAGUAAUGAUCAACGGUGCAUGGAUUUCUUAAGAAUGAGGAUGUGAGAGUUUUAUUUUCUUACCAGGAGCAUCACCAAUUGGUUGACCUUAUUAUGCUCUCCAUCUUCUUGAUAGUCAAGCCGAGGAUUGAAGAUUGAAGCUUUGAGUUGCUAUCGCGGGUUGUUUGGCUUUGAACUCCGAACAAACACGCCAAGAACUUAUGUCAUCCCUGCUGGCUUUGUUUACUUGCAUCUACAUCUACAUUUAUGUACAUCAACUGAGCUUCAUGUACUGUCCAGUACUGACAUCUACUCCUUAUUCCAAAGGACACGAUAAUCCACAAAACACAUCCAUAAAUAUCACUAGCUUCAUACAUCCAAAUCCUCGCGACGAGCUUCCCCUUCAAUACGUAACAUAAUACGAGUACCAACUUACACCGACUCCUUCGCCCAUUAAGCACCUAAACCCCUACCAGAAAUGGGGCUAUCUCGAACGGAAACCUGCCGCAGUUCAUUCCUAACUAAGGAAGAGGUGGUCGCACCCGUAUCGAGCUAACCAUCUGACGGACUGACCGGAUUGUCCAUCCAUCGCAUCCAUCUAAUCCACCAGGUGGGCCCUAUGGUGUCCACUCGAUAGUUCUACGGCCCUUCCAGAAACAUUCCGUCUCUGGUCAUAUGCUCCCCAUCGCUCGAGUCAAUUUGUCGGUCUGGACAGCUCUGGUCUGGCCUGUCUGUCUCAUAGAGACAUAACCUGCAUCUCCGACGAAGAUCAAUGUUGAUCAGUUGAGGUUGGUAAGCUGUUGGGGGGGGUUUCUCUUUGCCUGGAUGGUACUCACGUGUAGGAGGUACUCCGUACUGUGUGUGGAUGGCUCUGGGCUUGGGUAUUGUUGUACGUACUGCUGAUUGUGCUAAUAUGUUUUGGUCAGGACUACUACUACUAGGGCACUUAGUCUUCUAUGAAGGGUAGUUUUUUUAGGGUAACUAGGAACGUUCAUUGGUUUAUACUAUAUAAGGGAUGGCGUUACAGCCUUAAAGUCUAUUAUUAUUAUUUUUUUUGAAUUCCCCUCUCGGUAUGUCGUGGAAUUUUC